CUUUGCCGCGACAGCAGCGGCAACCUCGCCUUCACCUUCGAACCUCCAGGCUGGUGUUUGUAGUGGUUUUGCUCAAAGUGUGAUAUCGUUCGCACGGACCUAAGAGAGCUGAGGCAACGCAGGAGGCAUCAACAGCAGCACUGUUGUAGGAGCCCGAGAGAUUAGCGGCGCCACAUUCUCGAUAACCUCCUCACCUCGAUUGUGAGACCGACAUCUCUUCUAUUUGCACCCCUUCAUCGUUUGUUCCGACCUCCUCCGCCGCAACAAUGUCGAGCUGGACCUCUUGGCUGGUCGGUAAACGGGACAAUCCCAAUGCGGCGCGAGAGGCCAUCGUCGGUCUGCGAUCGCAGCUGCUGAUGCUUGAAAAGAAGGAAGAGCAUCUCAACAAGAAGAUUGCAGACGAGACAAAAAAGGCAAAGGCAAAUGUCACGACAAACAAGCGGGUUGCGCAAGCGGCGUUGCGACAGAAGAAGGCGUACGAGAAUGAGCUGGACCGCAUCGCCGGGACGCGCAUGACGCUCGAGACGCAAGUCAAUGCAAUCGAGAGCGCCAACAUGAACCUCGAGACCAUGACGGCGAUGCGCAAGGGAGCAGACGCCCUCCGCAAUAUUCACGGUAGCCUCAACAUCGACAAGGUAGACUCGACAAUGGACUCGAUCCGGGAGCAGAUGGACCUCACCAAUGAAAUCUCAGACGCAAUCUCCAACCCCGUCGGGAUGGGUCAUGACAUUGACGAGGACGAUCUCAAGAACGAGCUGGAAGAAUUGGAACAGGAGGAGCUCAACGAGCGUCUUGUGGGCGCCGAUCACGUCCCAGCCCAUACACCAGCUCUUGCCAACACGGCCGGCCCGAGUCGCGUCAAUGGAGAGACCAGCAGACGGCAACAGGUCCCCGAAGACGACGACGACGCGGAGCUCAAGGCAUUGCAAGCAGAAUUGGCAAUGUAGAAUUGUUCACUUUUUGGAUGGCCCUUCCUCUCUUUCCUCCCCCUCUGUACGCAUAUCUCUCCCUGACGCUUCCUCUUCUCUUUUCACCCAUUUCUGGCCAUCCUUAUCCAGACUCUCCAUAAAUCACACUAGUUGACACAAACGUGCUGACCUCGAUUCUUUAUCGAUUCUUUAUAUUGAAGGCCAUCUUUAGA